ACUAAACCAAACAAAUUACAAAAGCAAAGUCGACUAGUUUGAUUAUGGCAGCCAACCGGCAAAAUUUCCUCAAAUAUAAAUUGAUUAAAAUACAUUACAAAAACAUAGGUCAGUCGCAGUAACAGCCCAGCAGCGUUACAAAUAACGGAACCACCAAACCAUGAGGAGCUCGAAACUUAGAAGAAAUCUUUCGCCGUCAAAUUUUUGAUCAAGAAGAAAGGGUUCUGUUCCGUUAACGGGAAAGUCGUUUUUCUACUGUAGAUAAUACAUCAACAAAGAAGCUAAAACCAAACCCAAUUCAAUCUACCAUUGACGUGAUCAUCACCAAAACAGGGUUUUUCUUUCGUUUUUAUUCAAUCUUUACCCAGAAAAUUGAUCUCUGUUUCUUCUUUCCUUAAUUAAAUGCAUGUAUAGUCCAAAAAAAAGGCUAAAUGGGGGAUUAUGUGAGUAGCGACGAUGAUUAUUAUCAAGAUUACCAGGAGUAUUAUAAUGAUGAUGAAGAAGAUUCUGUAGAUGAGUUUCCAGUCGACAGUGACGUAGUGGCAGCCAACACGAGCAGUCCCUCUUCUAAGGUGAUCACUAAAGAAUCUCUCUUGGCUGCACAGAGGGAGGACAUUCGCAAAGUAAUGGACUUGCUGUCACUGCAGGAGCAUCAGGCUCGGAGUUUGCUCAUCCAUCAUCGUUGGGACAUUGAUAGGUUGCUUCAGUCUCUAAUAGAGAUUGGGAAAGAUAAAUUGUAUGCUGAAGCUGGAGUGACAAUCAUGGAUCACGAUGGCCUAAUCAUCUCCCAGUCACCAUCUGUAGUCCAGUGCACUAUUUGCUUUGAUGAUGUAUGUGCUACUGAGGUGACUGCCAUGGACUGUGGUCACUUCUUCUGCAACAGCUGUUGGAUUCAGCAUUUUAUUGUGAAGAUAAAUGAUGGCCAGAGUAGACGCAUUAGGUGCAUGGCGCCCAAGUGCAAUGCGGUGUGUGAUGAUGCAAAAAUUAGAUAUUUACUUAGCGUGGAAUAUUCUAGCCUUGCAGAAAAAUUUGAUCGAUUUCUUUUUGAAUCCUAUAUUGAGGAUAAUAAAAGAGUUAAAUGGUGCCCUAGUGUUCCACAUUGUGGAAAUGCUAUAAGAGUUGAGGAUGAUGAACCUUGUGAGGUUGAAUGUGCAUGUGGUAAACAAUUUUGUUUUAGUUGCUUGUCUGAAGCACAUUCACCUUGUUCAUGCAUAAUGUGGGAACUCUGGUCCAAGAAAUGCCGGGAUGAAUCGGAGACAGUUAAUUGGAUUACAGUCCAUACAAAACCUUGCCCAAAAUGUCACAAGCUAGUUGAAAAGAAUGGAGGAUGCAACCUAGUAUGCUGUGUUUGUGGACAAGCAUUUUGUUGGCUAUGUGGUGGUGCCACUGGUAGGGAGCAUACUUGGACAAGUAUAGUUAAUCACAGUUGUGGACGAUACAAAGAAGACCAGGUGAAGAAAACUGCAUGUGCAAAAAGAGAUCUGGAGCGUUAUAUUCACUACCAUAACAGAUAUAAGGCACAUUUAGAUUCCUUGAAGCUUGAAUCUGAACUUAAGGAAAACUUAAGGAGAAAGAUACUGGCACUAGAAGAGUUGGAAUCCAGAUCUAAAGCUUCCAGUUUAGAUUUUAGUUGGUUAAUGAAUGGACUAUACAUACUCUUUGGAUCAAGGCGGAUUCUUUCAGUUACCUAUCCAUUUGCAUAUUAUGUGUUUGGCAAUGACUUGCUCAAAGAUGAGAUGACAGGUGAGGAAAAGGAAAUGAGAAAAAACUUGUUUGAGAACCAACAGCAGCUGUUUGAGAGAAAUGUUGAGAAGCUCUCCUUGUUUCUACAAGAGCAAUUUGACCAGUAUAAUGAGGAUGAAAUUUUGGAUUUAAGAAUGAGGAUCAUUGCGGUUUCAGUAUCCACUGAUAAUCUCUGCCGAAAUUUAUAUGACUGUAUCGAGAAUGAUCUGUUGGGUUCCCUAAAAUGGACAGUUCAUAAGAUAGCUCCUUACAAGUCAAGAGGUGUUUUCAGAAGCUCUUAACUUUGGGCACAAGCGCUGUGCUGAUAUGGCAUAACAGUGGCAUAAAUGUAUCUUCCUUCUAAGAAGAUUAUCGACACCGGCUUAAAACUGCUGACACAUGUAAAUAUACAAUGAUUACGGAGCUCCAUCGAGCUUCUAGGAGUUCGAUUUGUGGUGGGUUUUCGGUGCUCGGAAGAUAUGCUAGGAGAACUCUUAGAGAUAGCUGCAUUAUUUUUGGUGUGAUGAAUGAUUAAUAUAGCGAUUAUCAACGGCUUUUUUAGGGGCACAACUUGAUUCUGGCUUUUCAUUUACCGUUGCCAUAAGCAUUUACUUCGCUAUUAUCCUGUCCCCAUCUCAUUUUUUUUUUUUAAAUAAAGAAAAUAGCGGGUAUUAUUUAUUUGUUUUA